AUGAUCGAAGAUGUUCUGAAUUUUCGGGUUCAUCAUGUGUUUGACACAAGCUUUAGUCGGACCUUCAGCCUGCUAGAGAGCCAGAGAGAGUUUGUGAAGCGUUUCAAGAGGAAGGAGCAGGACAGCAAGACUCUGCCCAUGCUGACGUCGGCCUGUCCAGGUUGGAUUUGCUAUGCAGAGAAGACCCAUGGGGAGAUGAUCCUUCCUUACAUUAGUACCACUCGCUCCCCUCAGCAGAUGAUGGGUUCUCUGGUUAAAGGCCAUUUUGCUGAACAACAGGGGCUGAGUCCACAGCAGAUCUACCAUGUGGCAGUAAUGCCCUGCUUUGACAAGAAACUAGAGGCCUCGAGGUCAGACUUCUACCUAAAUGAAGCUGAGACUCGAGAAGUGGACUGUGUCAUCACAUCUGGAGAGGUUCAGAAAAUGCUUGAGGAGAAAAAUGUGUCUCUGAAAGAUGUGGAACCUGCUCCUCUAGAUACAAUGUUCAGCAGUGUGAGUGAGGAUGAGUUCCUGAGCCAUUCUGGGAGUGGGUCAGGGGGUUACCUCCAUCAUGUCUUCACCUACGCUGCCAAGCAGCUGUUUGGAGAGGAGGUUAAGGAGCUCACUUACAAGACCCUAAGGAAUAAAGACUUCCAGGAAGUGACUUUAGAGAAAGAUGGAGUUGUCCAGUUGAGCUUUGCUUUCACAUACGGCUUCCGCAACAUCCAGAACCUGGUGCAGAAGCUAAAGAGGGGGAAGUCGCCUUACCACUUUGUGGAAGUAAUGGCAUGUCCGUCAGGCUGUAUAAAUGGCGGAGGACAGGUGAAGCCCUUACCUGGUCAGAACCCAAAGGAGCUCCUCCAGAAGGUUGAGGAUCUCUACAAGGAAGAGCGCACGCUAUCGCCAGAAGAGGACACCCGUGUGGCCGAGCUGUACCAGUCCUGGCUGCACAGUGUGGGGGAGGAGAGAGCCAAAGAGCUGCUGCACACACACUACCACGCGGUGGAGAAGAUGAUUAAUGGACUUACUAUGAAGUGGUGAAGAAAGCUUUGGUGUAAUCCAUGAUAAGCAGAGUUUUUCAUCAAACACCACAGCACCGUCCCCAUGUGUGACUAUUUUUGUAAUUCUUUAGAGAGAACAGAAGGGUUAUGGGCAAUGUUGAAUACAAGCUGCAUUAAUGUAUGCAAAUAACCUUUCGCUGUUCCGCUCCUCUAAAAGUUGUUUGUUUUGCAAAUCGAAAGACAGGGGGUAUAAAUAAUACACACGAUGCCGGAGCCAAAUUAAGUUCACAUCGUGUGACCGAUUGUCUUUUGUCCUUUCAAAUGUAUAAAAAGUAAAUAAUAAAUGUUUGUGGCAGGUGAAAUGACAGAGCUAAAUAUAAUCAUUCCUUGCUUAUUUAACCUUAUGAUUAUGUGUAAUGAGAAAUAAAGACUUUAUUUAAUUGUAGGCUUGUUUUAUAUAUUUUAAUGGAA